AUGUCCGCUCUGAAGGGCGCAUCAAAGUUCAAACAUUUGCCUCGAGUAGCAUCGGGUCCCUUGAAAUGUCCAUUCGAGGGUACAUCCCUUCUCACAUCGUCCCAGUUCAACAAAGGAUCCGCUUUUCCAAAGGAGGAACGCACGGCUUUCAAGCUACAUGGACUGCUGCCGCCAAACAUCCAGACACUAGAUGAGCAGGUCCAGCGUGCGUAUCAACAGUACACCAGUUGCGAUAAUGACUUGGCCAAGAAUACAUUCAUGGCUAGUAUGAAGGCACAAAAUGAAGUCCUGUACUACAAGCUAUUGCAAACGCACCUCAAGGAAAUGUUCAGCGUGAUCUACACACCAACUGAGGGCGAUGCAAUUCAGAACUACUCUCGGCUCUUUCGAAAGCCUGAGGGGUGCUUUUUGAAUAUUCGCGAUCAAGACUCGAUCGAAGAAUGCUUGUCUGCCUUCGGUACUGCCGAGGAUGUCGAUUACAUCGUCGUUAGUGACGGAGAAGAGAUUCUAGGUAUCGGAGACCAGGGCGUCGGUGCUGUUCUUAUUUCCGUCGCCAAAUUAGUCAUUACCACUCUCUGCGCCGGCAUCCAUCCAUCGCGCCAGCUACCGGUUGUUCUGGAUUGUGGAACAAAUAAUGAGGAGUUGCUCAAUGACGAGCUCUACCUUGGUCUACGAGAGCAUCGUGUGCGAGGCAAAGAGUAUGACGACUUCGUGGAGAGAUUCGUCCAGAUCGCCCGCAAGCGCUUUCCUAAUGCCUACAUCCAUUUUGAGGACUUUGGUCUCCAAAACGCCAGAAGAAUCCUCGACAAAUAUCAAUCCCAGAUUCCCUGUUUCAACGACGAUAUCCAAGGCACCGGAUGUGUCACUCUGGCUGCCAUGCUAGCAGCACUGCAUGUCAGUGAUGUGAAAAUUGACGACGUCCGUGUGGUGGUUUUCGGCUCCGGAACUGCUGGUACUGGCAUCGCGGAUCAAAUCGCGGAUACUAUUGUCACUCAGACGAACAAAUCCAAGGAAGAAGCAUCAAAACAGAUAUGGUGCAUCGACAAGCCAGGUCUCCUCCUAAAAUCCUACGGCGACAAACUAACCCCCGCCCAAUUCUCCUUCGCAAGAAACGACAACGAAUGGCCAUCAGACCAAAAGCACGACUUACAUUCCGUCAUCCACCAAGUCAAGCCCCACGUUCUAAUUGGAACAUCCACCAAACCGAAGGCAUUCACUGAGGAUAUCGUUCGAGAAAUGGCGAAACACGUCGAUCGCCCUAUCAUAUUCCCCCUGAGUAACCCGACACGUCUACAUGAAGCUCAGCCAAGCGAUCUCUAUGAGUGGACCGAUGGUAAAGCACUCGUUGCUACGGGAAGCCCAUUCCCGCCUGUGGAAUAUGGGGGCAAGAAGUACGAUAUUGCUGAGUGCAAUAACUCGACCUGCUUCCCCGGUAUUGGACUAGGCGCGGUGCUAUCGCGAAGUCGACUGGUGUCUAAGAAGAUGCUCGUGGCAGCUGUUGAAGCGUUGAAGGCAAAGUCGCCCGCGCUAGAGGACCCCAAUCGUCCUCUUUUACCUGAUGUGGAAGACGUUCGCGAGGUCAGUGUGGACAUCGCGGCUGGUGUUAUUCAAUGUGCUGUGAAUGAGGGUCUUGCUCAGGAAAAAGACAUUCCCACAGAUGACGCUGAAUUGAGAGAAUGGAUUCGGGCGCAAAUGUGGGAUGCUGUCUACCGACCUCUGGCUAAAGAGUAA